GCAUCCUGCGGGGCUUUCGCACGGAUCCUAUGUGCAUGUGUGUUCAUUGCGACGGGAGGCGGGACUCGGUACAGCCAAAUCGCACCCCUCCGAACGUCAUCUCUGGACCAUCUCAGUAUAAAUAGCAGGGUUGCGGAGCCUUGCAAUCCCUGGAUUAUGAGUGGUGUGAGGAUUGCGAAUCGCUUCGUUGGCAGGACCGCUUUCUCGUUUCGUUGCGCGCAGAUAUGGCACUGUCUUUCUGUGGCAAUGACACCGCCAGUGCUUACAACGUCGACGACGGCGUCUUAAACAACGGCUGCUUCGUGGAUGCGCUGAAUUUAGUCCCCCACGUCUUCCUGCUUUUCAUCACUUUCCCUAUAUUAUUUAUCGGUUGGGGAAGUCAAAGUUCAAAGGUUCAAAUCCACCACAACACAUGGUUACACUUCCCGGGACACAGUUUCCGAUGGAUCCUCACUUUUAUACUACUCUUCGUACUUGUCUGUGAAAUCGCAGAGGGUAUGGUUUCAGACAGGAAGAUGAACACGCGGCACCUGCAUCUCUUCAUGCCUGCAACGAUGGGAUUUAUAGCGGCAACCACGUCUAUUGUUUACUAUCACAAUAUAGAAACUUCCAACUUUCCAAAGCUGUUAUUAGCCCUUUUUAUCUACUGGGUCCUGGCUUUUAUCACAAAGUCCAUUAAACUGGUGAAGUACUGUGAUCACGGCGUCAACAUGUCCCAGCUGCGGUUCUGUAUAACACUCAUUCUGGUCUUCCUCUAUGGGUCUCUGAUGGCUGUCGAGAUUAACGUGAUCAUUUUCAGGAAAUACGUGUUCUUUAACAACCCGAAGAAAGUAAAACCUCCGGAAGAUUUGCAAGAUCUGGGAGUGAGAUUCCUACAGCCAUUUGUCAACUUGCUGUCGAAGGCGACCUACUGGUGGAUGAACACCCUCAUUAUUUCGGCCCACAAAAGACCAAUAGACCUAAAGACCAUUGGCAAGCUCCCCAUAGCCACACGGGCUCUCACCAACUACAUGUUACUAAAGGAAGCCUAUGAAGAGCAGAAGAAGAAUGAAGGUGUACCAGAGGGUCGCCCUCUGUCCAUUUGGCGAUCCAUGUACAGGGCGUACGGCCGACCUAUCCUCCUCAGCAGCACAUUCCGCUACCUUGCUGACCUCCUGGGUUUCGCUGGACCUCUCUGCAUCUAUAAAAUUGUUGACCGUCUUAGCAAGACAUCCAAGUCGAAUAUCACAGUCAAUGCCACAGACGACGAUCAGGAAGGAUUUGGCUUAGUAGAAAAUCAGACAGACAAAGAAUUUCUGGGCGUCUAUUUUCUGUCAUCGAAGGAAUUCUUGGAGAACGCUUAUGUUCUGGCAGUGUUGCUCUUUCUCGCACUCAUUCUGCAGAGGACAUUUUUACAAGCUUCCUACUAUGUGGCCAUUGAAACAGGAAUCAAUUUGCGUGGAGCCUUACUGGCCAUGAUCUACAACAAGAUUCUUUGUCUAUCUACCUCCAAUAUGUCAAUGGGGGAAAUGACGCUGGGCCAAAUCAAUAAUCUUGUUGCCAUUGAAACAAACCAGCUGAUGUGGUUCCUCUUUCUUUGUCCUAAUCUGUGGGCCAUGCCAGUUCAGAUCAUCAUGGGUGUGAUCUUGUUGUAUUACAUGCUGGGAAUCAGUGCUCUGAUUGGCGCAUCCGUCAUAGCGCUGCUCGCUCCCAUGCAGUACUUCAUAGCAACCAAGCUCGCGGAUGCACAGAAAAGCACGUUGGACUACUCCACAGAAAGACUGAAGAAUACCAAUGAGAUUUUGAAGGGCAUCAAACUUCUGAAGCUCUAUGCCUGGGAGCACAUAUUUUGUAACAAUGUGGAGAAAACACGAAUGCAAGAACUAACCAGUCUCAAGAGCUUUGCACUCUACACAUCCUUAUCCAUGUUUAUGAAUGCAGCAAUACCGAUUGCGGCUGUAUUGGUGACCUUUGUGGCGUACACACACUUCGACUCAUCGAAUCUGUCCUCUGCUGUAGCCUUUGCCUCUUUGUCCCUGUUCAACAUCUUGGUGACCCCCCUAUUUCUGCUGUCCACUGUGGUCAGAUUCACAGUUAAAGCUUUAGUCAGUGAACAGAAGUUGAACGAGUUUCUGACCAGUGAUGAGAUUUCAAAUGAUGGAUUUCGGGGUGGCGAGACUUCACUGAAUGUGGAGACCUGCAAGAAACAUUCAGGAGUUCACGCCAAGGCUUUUCACAGAAGACACGCCCUGAAAGGGAAUCUGGAAGGAUAUGAGCAGCCACAGAGGAGAUACUUUCUGUCCAAGGAUACUGAAGAUGUGGUGGUCAAGGUCACCCGUGGAUCCUUUUCUUGGAGCAGUGGUGGAGUAACUCUUUCAGAUAUCAGUAUAAGAAUUCCAACAGGCCAGCUGACAAUGAUAGUAGGGCAGGUAGGAUGUGGGAAAUCUUCCCUUCUCCUGGCAACACUUGGAGAGAUGCAGAAAGUUUCUGGCAGCGUAUAUUGGAGCAAGGAACCUGAAAAUGAGAUGAACCAGGAAACAUCAUGGAGUGCACAUGAGAUUGAGCCUGUGUUGGAGGCGACUAGGAGAACACGAAAUUCUGUUGCUUAUUCUGCUCAGAAGCCUUGGCUAUUAAAUACAACGGUGGAAGAAAACAUUACGUUUGGGAGUCCUUUUAUAAAACAAAGGUACAAAGCCGUCAUUGAUGCCUGUUCACUUCAGCCUGACAUUGAUCUAUUGCCAUUUGGAGACCAAACUGAAAUUGGAGAGAGGGGGAUUAACCUGAGCGGAGGUCAGAGACAGAGAAUCUCUGUAGCUCGAGCUUUGUAUCAAGACACUGGUACAGUGUUCCUGGAUGAUCCUUUCUCUGCCCUGGAUAUUCACCUCAGUGAUCACCUGAUGCAGGAAGGAAUCCUCAAAUUCCUGCGAGAAGACAAGCGGACCGUAGCUCUGGUGACACAUAAACUGCAGUACCUGACACAUGCUGACUGGAUAAUUGCGAUGAAAGAUGGAACCAUCAUUAGAGAAGGCACCUUGAAGGAUUUUCAGCACCAUGACGUAGAACUGUAUGAGCAAUGGAAAACCCUUAUGAAUCGACAGGAUCAGGAAUUUGAGAAGGAAACAGAAGGUGAAAGUCAGACAAUUCUUGAAAGGAAAACCUUGCGCAGAGCGAUGUAUUCUCGAGAAGCCAAAGCUCAAAUGGAUGAUGAAGAUGAAGAAGAAGACGAAGAAGAUGAUGAAGAAGAUAACAUGUCUACAGUGAUGAGGCUUCGGACAAAAAUGCCUUGGCGAGCUUUCUGGAGAUAUCUGACCUCAGGAGGGUUCCUUCUGCUCUUCUUGCUUGUAAUUUCCAAGUUACUAAAGCAUUCCGUCAUGGUGGCCAUUGACUUUUGGCUGGCAAAGUGGACAUCUGUCCAUGUGCGCCAGCCAUCAUCAGAGAAUGGUCAAUCACUGGACAAGGACAACCAAAAUUACUGCAAAGUAUCGUAUAGCAUCCUGUGCAGUGUGGGGAUCAUGUUCUGUCUGAUUACAUCUCUGACUGUUGAGUGGAUGGGCCUAACAGCAGCCAAAAAUCUCCACCGUAAUCUCCUAAACAAGAUCAUUUUAGCACCAGUGAGGUUCUUUGACCUGACACCAUUGGGCCAAAUCCUCAACCGCUUUUCUGCUGACACAAACAUAAUAGAUCAGCAUAUUCCACCGACACUGGAGUCCUUGACCAGAUCGAUCUUCCUCUGUCUGUCAGCAAUAGGUGUUCUUUCGUAUGUCACACCAAUCUUCCUUGUGGCUUUAUUUCCUUUUGGCGUUGCUUUCUACUUUAUACAGAAGUACUUCCGGGUUGCUUCAAAGGAUCUCCAGGAGCUGGAUGACAGUACACAGUUACCUCUAUUGUGCCAUUUCUCCGAAACUGCAGAAGGUCUCACAACGAUCCGAGCAUUCCGACAUGAAUCGAGAUUCAAACAGCGUAUGCUGGAGCUCACUGACGCCAACAAUAUUGCCUACUUGUUCCUGUCAGCUGCUAACAGAUGGCUGGAAGUGAGAACGGAUUACCUUGGUGCCUACAUUGUACUUACUGCGGCCUUGGCCUCCAUAAUGUAUGCCUCUUACUACGAACUUUCACCCGGUCUUGUAGGAUUCGGUCUUACCUACGCAUUAACGGUUUGUAAUUACCUCAACUGGGUGGUAAGGAAUCUUGCUGACCUGGAGGUGCAGAUGGGAGCUGUGAAGAAGGUCAACAGUUUCCUGAACAUUGAGAGUGAAAAUUACGAAGGAACCAUGGACUCAUCCCAGGUCCCGGAAGACUGGCCGCAGCAAGGAGAGAUAAAAAUUCAGGACCUCUGUGUUCGAUAUGACUCAUCUCUCAAACCGGUGCUUAAACAUGUCAAAGCCUACAUCACACCUGGCCAGAAGGUAGGGAUCUGUGGACGCACCGGCAGUGGGAAAUCAUCCCUGUCUCUGGCUUUUUUCAGAAUGGUGGAUAUAUUUGAAGGCAAAAUUGUCAUUGAUGGAAUAGACAUCAGUAAGCUCCCUCUUCAUACUCUGCGCUCCAGACUUUCCAUCAUUUUGCAAGAUCCUGUGCUGUUCAGUGGAUCCAUUCGUUUUAACUUGGAUCCCGAGUGCAAGUGCACUGAUGACAUGCUGUGGGAGGCACUGGAAAUAGCUCAGCUAAAGAACAUGGUCAAGUCGCUACCGGGCGGAUUAAAUGCCAUGGUUACUGAGGGUGGAGAGAACUUCAGUGUUGGACAGAGGCAACUCUUCAGUUUGGCCAGGGCCUUCGUACGAAAGAGCAGCAUUCUGAUUAUGGAUGAGGCUACAGCUUCCAUUGAUAUGGCAACAGAGAGCAUUUUGCAGAAAGUGGUGAUGACAGCCUUUGCCGAUCGGACUGUGGUGACAAUAGCACAUCGUGUGACUCCCAUUCUGGAUACAGACCUAGUGUUAGUCUUUUGCAAAGGUAUUUUAGUGGAGUGUGGCAAUUCCUCAAAAUUGCUCUCUCAAGAGGAAAGCCCCUUUACCUCUCUGCACCGAGUGCAUACCAUCCUAACUGCAGACCUGGUUAUUGUGAUGAAACGAGGCACCAUCCUUGAAUAUGAUAAACCUGAAAGUCUCCUGGCACAUGAGGGAGGCAUCUUUGCAUCCUUUGUAAAGGCUGAUAUGUGAAUAAUCCCGAAUGCUGGUAUUCCACGUUAAUCUUUUUUUUCACUCUGCAACCAUGUUUUUUUUUGCAUUUUAUUAUCUAAAGUUAUGCAAUCUUACUUAGGUCAAAAAACAUACUUUCAUACCUUCUCUCCAAGACCGUCUUUGCUUUAAUCAGUGUCUGUCAGUAUAACAUGUCACAUCCAACUAGCCUAUGCAAGCAUUAGCCUUAAAAUGAUUGAUUUUUGCACCUUAAUGAACCAUAGAAUGCACUGCAGUGCUAGAGAAUUGUCAUUGUACAAGACUGAAUGGAUUUAUUCUAACUUCUCAGAAUUGCUACAUGUUGAAUUGUAAUCAUCAGUAAGUUUUUUUUGUGGGAAAAGUGUUGCAGUUCAACUGAGAUUAAUACCUUAUUACAGAUUGCAUUGUUUCAAAUAUUUAGUUAUUCAAUUUAAAGAUAAAUUAUAAACAUGAGGAAGUCUACAGAUGCUGGAAACCCAGAGCAACAUCCACAAAAUGCUGGAGAAUCUCAGCAAAUCAGGCAGCAACUAUGGAAAUGAAUAGAUAGUCAACAUUUUGGGCCAAGACUCUUCUUCAGGACCCAAGAAGGGUUUCGGCCCAAAAGGUCAACUAUCUAUUCAUUUCCACAGAUGCUGCCCCACCUGCUGAGUUCCCCCAGUACCAGCUCAAGAUACAUGGCUCUCAGGUGUGUUGUUAACCCUGCCUGACAGUGACCUUCUCGAGAUUCACAGCCUUCAGUCUCCUUCGUAUCACACUUCCUUUCCUUGCCCUUGACUGUACCCAAACUUUGUGGGCUUUAAACCCCAUGGUGGAAGAGCCCUUCCAACUGAUAUCCUAACAAUAACAAUGCCCCAUAUACACAAAAUGCUGGAAGUAAAUAGGUAGCGUCAGAAGACAGAGCAUCACAGAACAGCAGGGCACUGCCCCCCAACCCCGGAUAUUGUGGUGACCUUUUAACCUACUUCACAAUCAAACUAACCCUUCCCUCCCAUAUAACUCGCACUCCUCCACUUUUCUUUCAUCUCUGUGCCCAUCAAGGAGUAUCUUGACUAUCCCCAAUGUAACAGCCUCUACCACCACACCCGGCAGGACUUUCCAGGAACUUGCCAUUCUCUGUGUAAAAAAGCUAUUUUGACAUCUCCCUCAAACUUUCCUCUACUCACUUUAAAACAGGGGCUCCCAAUCUGGGGUCCACAGGCCCCUCCAUUAAUGGGAGGGGCAUGAAAUGGUUGGGAACCCCAGCUUUAAAAGGAUGUUUUCUGCUACUGAAUAUUGCUGCCUGGGGAAAAAAGUCUGUCCACUCUCUCAAUCGUAUAACUUUAUGUACGUCUAUCAAGUUACCUCCCGUCCUUUGUCACUCUAAAGAGAAAGGCCCUAGCCCACUGAACCUUUUUUAUAAGGCAUGUUCUCUAAUCCAGGCAGCACUCUGGCAAAGCUCCAAUGCUCCUUUGAAAUGAGGCAACCAGAGCCAAACACAAUACCCCAAGUGUGGUCAUAAGUGGCAAAAGCUAAAGAUUAGCUUUAUGUGGCAGAGAGGAGGUGGGGGAGUGAAUGGUGAGGAUGUUGGGGAACCUCUGUGACAAAAGCAAUGUUGCUGCUGGCUGUUGAGCCAGCCUCAUAUUCUGAUGAGAUAAUCAGAGGCUGGAGGUGGUCGUCAGAGUGGGAAUAGGAAGCAGAACUGAGGGGACAAGCAAGUGGAAAGGGUUGCCUGUGGGUCUCAGGGAUAUCUUCCCUCCUCAUUCUCCAAGCUCAUAGAUCCCAACCACUCACUGUCGCCCAAGUAUACCUCUCUGUUUUGCUUAUGAAAAAUAUUUGAGAUAUUCUUCAUGGAGUUAUAAUAUUAUUGAGUGCAGUAAUUAGCAUAUCAUCCCCUUGCUGACCAUUGUACUUCUGCAUGCUGAUCCUAUUUAUCUGCAUUAGGUACACAGUAUUCUAUGCCUUGAUAAUUUAUGUACUUGUUUAGAUGCGUUUUAAAUGUUGUGAGAGCGUCAAUCUUCUCCAUCCCCUCAGAUGUUCCAGAUUUCAGCACCCCCCUGGAUUAAAAAAGAACUGCCUCUCAGAUCCCCUCUAAACGUUCUGCCUCUCAGCCUAGAUCUGCGCCCUCCAGUCUUAGACUUCCCCCACCAUGAGAAAAAGAUUUUCACUCUGCACUCUAUAUUUUCCCCCAUCAUUGUAUACACCUCUAUCAGGACACCCUUCAGGCUUCUCAAUUCCAGCAGAAACAAACCCAGCCUAUACAGUCUCCUCGUCACAAAAUGGUCCAAUCCAGACAAUUUCCAGGUGAAUCUCCUCUCAUCCUUUCCAGUGCAAUCAUAUCUAUCCUAUUCAGUAGCAACUAGAACUGCACACAAUAUUCCUGAUGUAACCAACCAAUGCUUUAUAACUGAUGUCUCAGCUGUUAUAUUCUAUGCACUGUCGAUGAAGGCAACCAUUCCAUAUGCCUUCUUUACCACUUUAUCUACUGUGCUGCCAUUUCAGGGGUUUAUGGAGAUGUAGCCCAAAGUCCCUCUGUUCAUUAACACUCGCUGGGGCUCUUCCAAUAACUGUGUAUAUGCAACUCUUGUUUGCCCUCCCAGAAAGCACCACCUCUCACUUGUCAGGAUUAAAAUCCGUUUACCAGCUUUCCAGCUGAUCUAUACUGUGCUGUGGACUUGGACAGCCAUCCUUGUUAACAACUACGCCACCAACCUUCGUAUCAUUUGCAAACUUAAUUAUCAUUCUUCCAUUUGUAUCCAAAUUGUUAAUGUGUAUCACAAACAUAAAACUUCCCUGUGGUGUAGAAAAAUGUGUAUGUUUGUAAAAGCCUAUAGAAUUAUUACUGAAUGCUGCAAUAAAUAUUUACUUAAGACCAGACUGGUUGCACUGAGGUGCAUAUCUGCAACUGAGGUUUCAGAUUAGUUGACUUUGAAGCAAAACUCAUAAUCUGCAUGUUAUCAGAGGGUAAUAGUAUUGAAAUAAGACAUGGACAAUGUUACUCUAAAAUUAACCUGUAACAUAUGCAAUAGGAGUGACAGCCCUCACAAACCAUUCAUGGGCGGUAAAAUACUUGGAGGAUGUAAUGGGGAGUUCGAGAACUUGCUUUGUUAAUGGCCUCUUUCUUUUAAUCCCUUUCUAGCUUAGCAAUUGGAGGAUAAUUUUCCACAAUUUGUGCUUAUUGGUAUAAAUACUGACUUAAGAAAGAUCUUAACAUUAUCAUUGUCAACAAUUAAGAUAUGACAAAUUGCCUUGAAAUAUCAAACGCGUUCUUGUUCUGCAGUGCAAAACACAAUGGAAAAACACCUAGAAUAAUUAUGCUAUACAACACUCCUUAUAUUUGUCAGUUAGUACUAAUCAACCUGCCUUUUCUUUAUCCUUUUGGUGAUUGUAAAAUGUUGAGAGAUUUGUAUUUAAUGUGUUGAAACUGUUACCUUGGAAAUUAAUAAGUAUCUUAAAGUCAAAUCAAAUGAGAAGCAGGUGUCGAGGUAUGACAAAAGGAAUUUUUUUAAAUGGUAGAAAAUACAUUGUACAAGGUAACCGAAAUUAGUUUGGAAAGACUUGUUCUACUUGUUGAAAUUGUACAAGAUGAAAGUAGUAAUUUGGCCUCCGUGGCACACUUGGGAUGAAUGAAUACAUUCAGACUGGUAUUGGUUCCUUUAAGGCUCUACACCAGCCACUGUUGCACUAUUGUAAAUAUGUAAUUCAAGUUUCCGUACUGGUUUUCAAUGCAAGGCCCUCGAAUGUUUGCUUUACACUUCCUUAUCAAUAAAAUGGAGA